UUAUUUUUAGUUGUGGCAAUGUAUAAAGAAACCUGAAGCAAUAAACCAAUGGCCUGUGGGUAGAUCUAGUCAUGCAGGUGCAAUUAUUACAACUGGAUCAGAUCCUAUGCUAGUGAUAAGUGGUGGGUAUGAUAAGAAGAAAGAUACAUUAGAUGAUUGUUGGAUCUUUAACACCACUUUACAUUCUUGGAUAAAGUUAGAUGUACCUCACUCUGUUAGUAAAAGAUAUGGUCAUUCUCUCUCAGUGUUCAUUAUGAGUCCUCGUUGUGUCUGGAUAGUAACUGCUGGAGGAUAUUCAAGAGGGACAUUAGUCACUAAUCCUAACAUUGUUAUGUUAACUGAACUAGUUACUAACAGUAAAGGAGAGUGGACAGUAGCUGAUACAUUAGAUACCAAUCGUAUUAAUAAUGAAGAAUACAAAAAAAAGUAUCAGCAGCAACUACAGACAGGAAGAAGAAUAUGGUUGGAUGAGUACCAGAAACCAAAAAAAGGAGAUACAGUCGAUAUUGAGCAAACCAUACAAGCUCUUAUUCAGAGUCUUGAAGAGAAGGAGAGAGAAGCACAAGUUUAUCGUCAACAAUUGGAGCAGAAGGAAAGAGAAGAAGCAGAGAAAGAUCAAGAAAUAAGAAGAUGUCGUCAUCAGCUACAAGAGAAGGAUAGGGAGCAUCAGGUGGCACUGCAGGAGAAGGAUAGGGAAAAACAGGAGGCAUUAUGGCAGAAGGACUUUGUGAUAUUUGAAAAGGAUAGGGAGCUACAGGAGAAGGAUAGGGAGCUACGUCAGUCUCAAGAGGCAGUUUAUAGGCACCAGCAACAAGCACUUACUGAUGAUCACUGGGUUAUUAAUAAAGAUGAGGUAACUUUGACAAUGGAGGAGCUAGGAAGAGGAUCUUAUGCUGUUGUUACAGUUGGUAUCUUUAGAGGUUUAAGAGUAGCUGUCAAGUCACUUCAUAACAUCAUCAUCUCAGAUUUUAAUCUAGCUCUCUUCUCCAGGGAAAUGAGUAUAGCAUCACGAGUGCGUCAUCCUAACCUGGUCCAGUUUAUUGGUGCAACUACAGUGGGUAGUCCUCUCAUCUUGACUGAGCUGAUGAGCACUAGUCUCAAUCAGGAACUUCGCAGAAACCGAUUAACCAAUCAAAAGAUUCUGAGUAUUGCUCAAGAUGUAGCUUUAGGCCUCAACUACCUUCACCUGUUUAAGCCUCAGCCUAUUAUUCACAGAGAUGUCAGCAGUCCUAACGUAUUAUUAAAGCCUUGCUCUGGACCUGCUGGUUAUGAAGCUAAAGUAGCAGAUUAUGGUACAGCUAAAUUGCAACAAGGGACUAGUACUGAUACUGUUAUGCCAGGCAAUGCUGCAUAUGCUGCACCAGAAGCUCCUAUUCCUGAUCAACACAGUCCAGCAAUGGAUGUCUACAGUUACUUUGUUCUUCUUAUGGAAAUGACUUUACACUCUCAUCCAGAAAUGACGACAGCAGAGAGAGAAGUACAAUCUGGUAGUGUCUCCUGGUCUGAUAUGAAGUCUCUUAUACAAAGAGGACUUACUGCUAAUCCUAGAGCUCGUCCUACUAUGGUUCAAGUAAUAGAGUCAUUGAAAAGGAUGGAGAUUUAAUUAAUUGUUUGCAUUUUGAUAUUCUAUAAUUAUUCCUGCUGCCUUUUAGCUAGUUUUCUAUUGUUUUAGUAUAUUUUGUGUUUCUAUUUACAUGUAUAUAGCCAACAAUAUAAUUAUUUUUCUGUCUUCUCUCAUUGUUUUUGUUAGUUUUUGGUUU